AUGGCCCGACGGAAGACGGCUUUGCUGUGUGCUAUUGUAUUACUAUUUGUUGGUACCGCAGACGCUGCCCUUUCAGGGCUUUAUAUAGAUAAUGGUGUCGAUCAGACAGUGAUACAUCAUUCCAUGACGCGACAUGAACGACAAGUUGUUGAACAUGAAAUAUUGGAGCUGUUGGGUUUGGGUGAGAGACCGAGGCGAUCACAAGCACCGCCUUUGGAUCGUUCGGCGCCGAGCUUCUUGCUAGACGUUUACAAACAAAUAGCCGAGGAACAUGAACAGGCUCGCCCAACUCGUAGUUCUGAAAUGGCCCUUAGUGGAGAAGAACAGCACGCCAUCGAUGAAAGUGAUCUGAUAAUGACAUUCCAAAGCAAAAAGCAUCACCUGGGUGCAUUACGACAUGGUCACGGUCGCCACGUCUGGUUCGAUGUCGCCAGCGCGCCAGGAGACGCAUCGUCCCUUCUCACUGCAGAACUACGUUUGCAUCAGGCAGCUACUCACACGGUUGAUCCAACAGCUCUGUAUUCAGUGGUAGCACAUCGAGUUAUCAGUGUCGAUAAUCUAGGAGGAAUUGAAAUGGAACGUAUUGCAGCAGUCAAUACUAGCGCCGGAGCUGAGGGCUGGUUAGAAUUAAAUGUUACAGGAGCAUUGGCAACGUGGCUAAACGCUCCCGUCGAUAAUCGCGGCUUCUUUAUUACUUUGCACCCGCAUUCGCAACCAGAACGUCAUGUAAAACCAGAAGAGAUUGGACUAGAUGAAGCUCACGGUGGUACUUUAGAGGGCAAGCAACCUUUCAUGGUAGCAUUUUUCAAGAAUGGUCCAAAACUUGGCAAUUCUGAUGCUGGAGCGCGUAGAAAACGUGAAGCACGACGCUGGCGCAAUAACGGCUAUUCAGAAAACUAUUUGAGAAACCCUUUAACAGAUACAUCGCACUGGACGACCAGAAGCUGUGAAAUACAAACACUUUACGUCAGCUUUAAGGACUUAGAAUGGCAGGAUUGGAUCAUCGCACCUGAUGGCUAUGGGGCAUUUUAUUGUAGCGGUGAAUGCAAUUUCCCACUGAACGCGCAUAAAAAUGCCACAAAUCAUGCUAUUGUACAAACGUUGGUCCAUCUUUUAAAUCCAACUCAGGUACCGAAGCCAUCAUGUGCUCCAAUCAAACUUUCUCCAAUCUCAGUUCUAUACUACACCGAUGAUUCCAACGUGAUUUUAAGGAAAUAUAAGAACAUGGUCGUUAAAAGUUGUGGGUGUCAU